AUUAAAGAUGGCGCGAAUAAUGGUCGAAUGACAAUGCAACUGAAGUUUUUGCAAACAAUUCUUGAAGCCCAGGAUAGCGAUUUCAAAAUUGCUGGUCUAUCCUGGUCUCCCAACAACCAAAAAUUGGCGAUAGCCACCAGCGAUCGCCAAAUAUUAUUGUUUGACGAAAAAGGAGAGAAAAGAGAUAAGUUCUCGACUAAACCUUACGAUCCAGAAGCUGGGAAGCGAUCAUAUAUCAUCACUGGAAUUGCUUUCAGUCCAGAUUCCACGAAAAUCGCAGUAGCACAAAGCGACUGUAUCGUUUACGUUUAUAAAAUAGGAGAGAAAUGGGGUGAGAAAAAGGCGAUCUGUAACAAAUUCCCACAACCGUCUCCAGUGACGUGCAUCAUAUGGCUACUUACUGGUCCAAUAAUAUGCGGCUUGGUGGAUGGAAAAGUAAGGGCGCUACAAACCAAGUCCAACAAGUCGCAAAGCCUUUUCGCAUCUGAUAGUCUCGUAGUGUCUUUGGCCUCGAAUCCUAAAGGUACUGGAUUUUUAUCUGGACAUGUGGACGGAAAUGUCAUAAGGUUCUUUAUAACGAACGACCACAAUGAUGACGAAGCCCAAGGGCGUGUAGCUUUGCACUCGGUUCCACCAUACGGCCUAGCAUGGACACAGGGUCAUAUCUUUAUGGCUGGAUGCGACAAAAGAGUUUCGGUGGUCAAUAAUCUUGGAAAGAACGUCAAAACCUUCGAUUACAGCAAAGACGGUUCGGAACGAGAUUUUACCGUAGCCUGCUGCAGCCCAAGUGGACAGGCGGUGGCGAUUGGUAGUUUUAGUCGGCUGCGGCUAUACACCUGGAGUACACGAAAGACCAUAUGGGAAGAAACAACUCCCAAAGAAUUGACAGACUUUUAUACGAUAACAGCUUUGGCAUGGAAAAGGGACGGGUCCAAAGUGACUUGUGGUGGCUUGUGUGGUGCAGUUUUUAUGUUUGAAUCAGUGUUGAAAAGAAUAGUGUGGAAAGAUAAAUUUGAAAUUACCUACGUCGGACCUAGCCAGGUUUUGGUCAAACCGUUAGACACUAACGAACGAGGAGUAAUAUUAAGAUCCCAGUACGGAGGUGAAAUAGAAGAUGUGAAAAUAAUGGGCAAAGAUUGUUAUUUGGUCGCGAGAACUGAAGAGACUUUGCUAGUAGCUGACUUGUUGAGGAAUUUGCUAAGUGAGGUACCUUGGAAUAAUUCUGGCCAUAAUGAAAAAUUCUAUUUCGAAAAUGCCAACGUUUGUCUUGUAUUCAACGCGGGAGAGCUGACUUUGAUCGAAUAUGGGGACAAUGAUGUCCUCUGCUCGGUUAGAACAGAAUUUACGAACCCCCAUUUGAUAAGCGUGAGAUUGAACGAGAGGAACCAGACAACAGACAAUAAAAAACUUUCGUAUUUGCUCGAUUUGAAGACAAUAUGUAUCAUAGAUUUGGUUUCUGGUGUUAUGUUGGCCCAGAUCGGCCACGAUUCGAAGAUCGAUUGGUUGGAAUUAAAUGAAAUGGGAAAUAAGUUGUUGUUUAGAGAUAAAAAGCAGAGAUUAGUCCUUAUCGAUGUAAUUACCCAAUUGAAACAAACCAUCUUUACUGGAGUCAGCUUCGUCCAAUGGGUGGAAAGCAGUGAUGUCGCCGUUGCCCAAUCUGGAACUAAUCUAGCAAUUUGGUAUAACAUAGAUUUACCAGAAAACCCCACCUUGAUGACGGUCAAAGGAGAUGUAAUCGAUAUUGUAAGAAAUAAUGGAAAAACCGAAGCUAUUUGUGUCGAUGGCAAUAACAGUUUUAAUGUGGAAUUGGAUGAAGGGCUUGUAGAAUUUGGUACAGCCUUAAACGACAACGACUACAACAGAGCCAUUCUGUUCUUAGAAAGUAUGAACAACACUUCCGAAGCUGAAGCCAUGUGGCACACGCUCUACCUCAUAGCUAUGAAACAACAGAACCUAAAACUGGCAGAGCGCUGCAGUACCGCUCUAAAAGAGGUGGCUACUGCUUAUUUUCUACACGAAACCUCCAAAGAAGCCCAAAGCUUCGUGGAGAAGUAUAAAGAGACUUCGAAUAAUUCACCCGAGGUAUGGGCUAGAUUGUCGAUCUUGUACGGAGACUUGAACACGGCUGAGAAUAUUUACCUGGAACAGGGAAAUAUCGAGAAGGCUUUGGACAUGUAUAAGAAGUUGCACAAGUGGGAUGAAGCUCUAAGAUUGGCCGACCAAAGAAGCUACGAGCACGUCAAAGAGCUGAAAGAGGAACACAUGUCUCUACUGAUGCAAAGCGGCCAGUACGAAAAGGUCGGACAAGUCCUGGAAAACGAGGGAAAAUCCGAGGAAGCCUUGAAUAUGUAUCUCAAAUCGAACAAGCUUCUAAGAAUCCCCAAUCUUCUUUCUAAAUAUCCUCAACUACUCAACGACCACAGUGUUAUCGGAGGAGUGUUGAAGAGUUUGAUCAAACAAGAGUUGUAUGAACCAGCAGCUGAGAUCUACGAAAAGUUGGACAAACCGGAUCUCGCAAUGGAGUGUUUUAGGAAAGGUAAAGUCUGGAAUAAAGCCGUAGAUUUGGCAAGAACAGUAAGUCCGGAAAAGGUAGUCCAGUUAGAAGAAGAGUGGGGCGACAGUUUGGUAGAGAGUAAACAAAUGGAUGCUGCGAUAAGUCAUUAUAUCGAGGCAGGAUGUAUGUUGAAAGCCUUAAAUGCUGCAGUCUCUGCAAGACAAUGGAAAAAGGCGGUCCAUAUCAUUAAGGUCAUUGAUGAUGCCGAUACUGUGAAGAAAUAUUAUGAAAUUAUUGCUGAGCAUUUUGCUAGUGUUAAGGAAUACUCGACAGCAGAAAAACUGUACGCAGCUUGUGGCAUGUACAAAGAAGCUGUGGACAUGUACAACGAAGCUGGCCAAUGGGAGAAAGCGCACGCCAUUGCUUCAGAGCACUUGGACACGGAAGAGGUGUACGACAUGUAUAUAAAGCAUGCUGAAGCGUUAGAAGAAGCUGGGAAAUACAGAGAAGCUGAAAAAUUGUACCUUUCGGUCAACACGCCAGAUUUGGCUAUUGCUAUGUACAAACGCGUCGAACAGUAUGAUAAUAUGGUACGACUUGUGGAACGAUACCAUCCAAAUCUGCUACAAACUACCCACCUUCAUCUUGGUCAGCAGUUGGAGAGUCAAGGAAAAUAUAGAGCAGCUGAGAUUCACUUCUUAGCCAUCAAUGAAUGGAAAGCAGCGAUGAACAUGUAUAGAACUCUUGGAAUGUGGGAAGAAGCUUAUAGAGUGGCUAAACAGAACGGAGGACCAAAUGCUGCCAACCAGGUAGCCUUCCUGUGGGCUAGAACCCUCCACAUCGAUUCGGCCAUUAAGUUGUUAAAUAAGUAUGGGAUUUUGGAGCCUUGCAUCAACUAUGCCUGCGAAACUUAUCAAUUCGAGUUCGCUUUUCAGCUGUGUAAGAAUUUACCAAACAAGGUCAGCGAAGUUCAUCUGAAGUACGCCAUGGCUUUAGAAGAUGACGGGAAGUACGCAGAAGCAGAAUCCGAAUUUAUCCAGGCUGCAAAACCAAAAGAAGCCAUUCUGAUGUACGUCCACGCCCAAAAUUGGAUCAACGCCUUAAGAAUCGCAGAGAAACACGAACCCGACGCGGUACCGGAAGUACUGCAAGCUCAGGCUGGACAGUGCUUCAAAGACAAGCAAUUUUCUGAGUUCGAGGUGCUUUUGCUGCGGGCCCAAGCGCCUGAAUUGAUUGUUCAGAAGUAUAAGAGUGAAGAUAUGUGGAUAGAUGCUUUAAGAGUAUGCAAAGACUAUCUGCCUCACCGUUACCCCUCGCUUCAGUCGGAAUAUAGCAGUUCUCAUCACAAUCAAAUGACAGAUAUUAAUAUAGAGACAUUGCUGUCAAGGGCUAAUGAAUGGGCCUUGGCUGGUCAACAUAAACAAGCUGUGGACUGUCUUCUACAGGUUAACACUAGUAUUACGGAGCCAUCUAUCGUUAAACGAGCUCUUCUAAGAGCAGCUGACAUGGUCAACAAAUUCUUAUUCGGAGAUGAAGCUCUAGAGGUGAUCAAAGUGUUGAGUCCAAGAUUAAUAGAAAUCGGUGAACACAACGUAGCCGCACAGUUAUACGCCAGCAUGGAAAUGAUCAAGGAAGCAAUAGACGCAUUCAUAGUAGCUGAAGAGUGGAAUAAAGCACGAAAAGUAGCCAAAGAACUAGACCCAGCUUUCGAAAACUACGUGGAAACCAAAUAUAAGGAUAGGCUCUUGAAGAAAGGAGACGUUGAACAGUUGGCAGAUGUGGAUAUAAUUGGAGCAUUAGAUCUUCUCGCAGAACAAGGCCAGUGGUCGCGAUGCAUAGAAAAAGCAAAAUCACACACUGCACCCAUACUCCACAAAUACGUGGCGCUCUAUGCAGCAAAAUUGCUCAAAGAUCAGUUGGUCACGGAGGCUCUUCAGCUCUAUUUUACCCACGGAGCUCCGGCAAUGCCUCAGAACUUCAACAUUUACAAUCACAUCGCCACCAAAAUGUUUGGAGCCAACUUCAUGUCUGAUCCAGACAGCUAUGGAACUUGGGAACAGCUUAGACAAGUUAUGUUUGAGAUUAAUGAAAAUCUUGAAGUGGCAAUCAAUGUGAAUCCUGAAACCAAGGUCCAUUUCAGAAAUUUGCUGUUAGUGUCUCAUUUUUACGCGCUGAGAUCGGCUUGCAGACAAGUGCCUUCUCUGAAAGUUAUUGCAGUUAAAAUCAGUACAGCUAUACUACGAUAUACGGAUUUCAUACCAGCAGACAAGGCAUUUUAUGAAGCAGGCAAAGAUCUAAAAGAAGAAGGAAGAUUGUCUGAAGCUUUCGUAUUUCUCAAUCACUACUUGGAUCUGUGCGAAGCGAUAGAAGAAGACGAAGGCCAACUGGUAGAUCAUUCCGACUUGGUCCAGACCGAUUUUCCGUCAAAUAUACCUUUGCCACACCAGCUAUAUCUCAUUGAAGAUCCAAAGGAGCACGACAACAUCAAGGAAUGGGUGCUUGCUAUUAGCAUGGACCAGAAAAUUGAGCAGGCUCUUCCUGUUGACGACAGAGACCUAUACGAAUCUUCUCUUCAGCCAGGAGAGACACCUUGUCUAAUCACCGGUUACCCCGUUAGAAAACAGGCGAUUACUUUUGCUAAAACCAAUCUUCAAGCAAACAAAGACGCUUGGAAUAAACUCAACAUGGGAGCAAAGAUGGCGCCUGAUUCCAACGUUGCCAGUGCGAUUUCUUUUAUUGUUAAGUGGUGUGGCCCACCGAGUUAAAUAGAUUUUUGCGAUUUGAGAUUUUUCACUUAAUAUUAAAUAAAAGAUGUGUUCUAAUUCUAUUGAGAAA